GCCGCGGCUUCGAUCCAUCGGCCCACUCCACACACAACGCGACCCUCCCACAAAAAUAAUCCACUCCCAAGAGGCGGCGGCGGCGGCGGCGGCCAUGGAGCCGGCCGAGCCGGCCAGUCCCGUUCAGAAGAAGAUGAAACCAGCGGGACUCGAGGCGCCGGGGGGCAUGGCAGCGGCGGGCCAAGCGCCGCCGCCCGAAUACGAGGACCGCAUCAGCCACCUCCCCGACGCCGUCCUCGGCGACAUCAUCUCGCUUCUCCCCACCAAGGAAGGCGCCCGUACCCAGAUCCUCGCCACCCGGUGGCACCACCUCUGGCGGUCCUCCGCGCCGCUCAAUCUCGACUGCGAUGAUAUCAGUAUCAGAUGGAAAAGGGAGAUUCUCGUCGACGCCGUGUCAAGCAUCCUAUCCGCUCACCCGGGCCCUGGCCGCCGCUUUUGCCUUGACGAGAGCUUCCGUCCCUUUCGCAGAUCGGACGCUGCUGCCAUGACGGACUCCUGGCUCUCAUCCCCCGCCCUCGACAAUCUGCAGCAGCUUGAGUUACGCCAUUACGACUCCUACCCGCCGCCGCCGCUGCGCGCAACUGCCUUUCGCUUCGCGCAAACCCUCCAAGCUGCCACCUUCGGAAGCUGCAUCCUCCCCUCCUCACCACCUCAGUUCCCAAAUCUUAAGCUGCUCACGCUUGAAAGUGCCAGCAUCUCCGAUUGCUCAAUGCGCAACAUGAUUGCCGAGUGCCCAACUCUCGAGUGCUUGCUGCUUCACGACAUCUAUUGCAUCCCUUGUGUCCGGAUCAACUCCCAGAGCCUCAGAAGCAUCGGCGUGCGUGAAGGAUUAAGGCUCAGGCCAAUUCAAGAUAGGAAAAAUGAGCUCAAGGAACUUAUAAUCGAUAACGCCCCUUCUCUUGAAAAGCUGCUUAAUCUCAAUUUAGCCUAUGUCCUUCAUGUAACCGUGGUCUCCGCGCCUAAACUAGAAACCGUAGGUUAUGUUUCGGAUUUCCAUGGGGUUGACACAAACAGACUCGUGUUUGGCUCUACCAUUAUUCAGGGAUUGCAGCUUGAUAGCAUGGCUGCCAGGAUAUGCAGUGUUAAGACUUUAGCCAUCAACAUGGGGAGUGCACGUAGUUUGAAUAACAUUAUUGACAUGCUGAGAUGCUUUCCAUGUUUGGAGAAAUUGUACAUUAAGUUUUUCUUGAAGAAGGAAAUCCUCUGCCGUUUUGGUUCGUGCUGGCUACCUAAGGAACCAAGUCUUGACAUCCCUUUAAAGCUGAAGAAAAUAGUGUUGGACCGUUAUCAAGGCACUUACUCAUCAGGUUGUCGGGGCGGUUACUCAGAAGUUAACUUUGCCAAAUUCUUUGUACUGAAUGCCACGCAGCUAGAAUCAAUGAUAUUUCGAGUUGACGCCCAACAUUACAAUGAGAAGUUUUUUGCACGUGAACGGAUGGCGCUUCAGUAUGAGAAGAGGGCUUCAAGAGGUGCACAGUAUCAUUUUACAACUGACAGACGUUGUCUCCGGGAGGUUGACGAGUUCAAGCAUGCCUCUGACUUGGAUUUAACUGAUCCAUUUCUGAGGAGGAGUUCCAGUGGGUCUUUCUGCCGGUUAGUGUAGGCCUCCGUUUUUAUUUUCUCUGUUUGAUGUUGUAUCAUGACAUUGUUUCUGUUGGCUUAUGCUGAUGUAAAAUAUGGCUGCGCCCCAAUUUGUUUGGAAAGGAAAAACUGAUCCAUUUGUGUGUAGGUGUUAAAAUUGGAAUCGAUCUGUUGCGUGAGUUGUUCUCCCUUGUUA